AGGAGUUGAGGAAUGGUAUUCCGAACAAAGAAACACCAUGUACAAAGGCCCUGAGAUGGGAACAGUUGUUGUGUUGGAGGACUUGAUAGGAGGCCAGUGUGCCUGGAGGACUGUAAGUGAGGGAGACUGUGAUGUAGGAUGAAUUGGAAGGGUGUGCAGGAGCCGGAUCUCGAAACCCAUGGUAAGGAGUUUGGAUCGGAUUCUAAGUGCAGUGGGAAGCCAGUGGAGGAUUUUAAGCAGGUGAGAGACAUGAUCAGAUUUAUGUUUGCAAAAGUGUUUUUGGCUGUGGUUUUGGCUGGCUCACAUUGCCAAAAGUGGGCUUUUCCCAAAAUGUGAAAGAACACAGGCAAAUGUAAGCCCUCUAGCCUUUCACGUGAUUAGAGAAUAAGACAAAUAAAGGGGAAGUAGUGGUGCCAUCUACUGGAAUGGGGAAAACCGAACAGAGCAUUACAUGAACAGGGGGGAGUUGUAAAUGAGCUUGAGACUUGGAAAGAUGAGCAAGGGGUAGAUCAUAAAUCGGCCAAAGGGAUGUACAAGGUAGACCUGUCCCCAGAUCCCAAGGAGGUGGCAGCCAUCGAGGCUAGAAGAAAUCGAGAAAAAGAGCGACAGAGCCGAUUCUUCAAUGUACGGACCCGAGUCAUGGGGGUGGAUGUCAAAGCCCUCAACAGCCAAGUGGAAGAGCGAAAGCUUCGAGAGGCAACAGAGCAGAGCAAAGAAGCAGCUUAUGGUACCUACCAGGAACAGUAUGAUCUAGUAGCCCAGAUGCUAGAGAAGGAAGAGGCAGAACGGACACGUCGGCUGAACAAGAAAGUCCAGGAAUUUCGGGAGCAAAAGCAGCAGCUUAAGAAUCGGCAAGAAUUUGACCUUUGGGAUCCUGGCCGACUCUGGAUGGAGUUUCCAGCCUAUCUUGGCCCCAGCGAGCCCCCCUGUGGCCCAGCCAGCUUGCAGUGCUUUGCUGGGGAGGACCUGGAGAGGGCCAUGUGCCUGAAAAUGCAGCAGGAGCAGUUCAGAUACAGCCUGGAGAGGCAGCUGCAGGAGCAACAGCAAGUCCAGGAUGAUGAGAAGUGCGCGGAUAUGCUUAAUGACCAACUGCGCCUUGCCGUGGACAUGCGGGCUGCCCAGCUGGCCAAGCUAGAGGAGUCCUGUCGCGUGGCCAUGAUGUCUGCUAUGGCCAAUGCCAACAAAGCCCAGGCAGCAGAACUGGCUGAGCGGCAGCGCCGUGAGCGUCAGCACGAACAGGAGGCCAGCCUCAUGGAGAUCCAGAACCAGAUCACCAGUGACCUACUGACCGAGAACCCACAGGUUGCCCAGAACCCUGUGGCUCCCCACCGGGUCCUGCCCUAUUGUUGGAAGGGCAUGACUCCAGAGCAGAGAGCUGCCAUCAGGAAAGUCCAGGAGGUGCAACGCCGUGAAAAGGAGGCACAGGAUCAAGCCGACCAAGCACUGGAUGCCAAAUGGGAGAGCCAGGCCUUGCACCUGGCCCAGGCAGCAAUGGAGCUAGAGGAGCAGGAGAGGGAACUUUGUGCUGAAUUUCGAAGGGGGCUGGGCUCCUUCAAUCAGCAGCUGGCUAAGGAGCAAAAUGCCCAGCAGAAUUAUCUGAAUUCUAUAAUCUAUACCAAUCAACCUACAGCCCAGUACCACCUACAGUUCAACACCAGCAGCCGCUGAACCCAAGAUGCUCAUCUCUCUUCUCCCUCAUCAAGCUCAUGAAGGCUGGGAGUCAGGAGAAUGCUGCAGGCCCCCUCCCCCAACCCCUUCUCCCACUAUCCCUACACCUUUGACCCUAGGUAAUAAAGUUAUUCACUAAAAUCAA